CAGCAGAAUUAGCAGCAGGCGGCUGGUUGCGGUUGCUGUCGCCGGAGAGGCUGGACCAGCUCUGUAUUAGACAGAGUUUGGAUACAAUUAAGCAAUUACCUCCUAUUUCGAUAGUUUUUUUUAGGAGUAAACGGAAACAUUAUUCAGUUUGUGAAAGAAAAACUUAGUACCUUUACCGUUACAGAAAAAGCUGUUCGCCGACAUGGAUAGCUCUACUAGUUCUGAUAGCGACUUCAGUGGGAACUGUGCUAAAGAUAUGUCUUAUUCUUCUUUACAAGAAAUCCCUGAUGAUAUUCUGGAUAAAUCAUUCAAACUCAGGGCCCUGUCUCUUUCCCACAAUCAACUUUCACCUUGCCUCGGUCCAAAAAUAGCAGGAUUUAAGAACUUAAUUAAACUCGAUAUCAGCAACAACAAUCUCUCACGAUUAUCGGAAGAUUUUCAUCAUUUAGUGAAGCUUCGUACACUUAUAGCUCGAAAUAAUCAGCUUAAUACUGAAGGAAUUGGUAAAUCUCUCUCAUCUCUUAAAAAUCUUGAGGAUAUCAACAUGUCCGGCAACCAGUUCACCGAGAUUCCACCAUGCUUUCUCAAAUUGUCUAGACUUCGAUACUUACAUAUGGGUGCAAAUCAAAUUCGAGAACUUCCCAGUCAAGUAAAAGAACUCACACACCUUGAAGUGCUGUAUAUUGGAGGUAACCAGUUAACUGAGAUACCUGCUGAAGUUGGAUGUCUCACUAAACUUAACACACUUGCACUCUGUGAUAACAAAAUACAUACUCUGCCUCGAAGUCUUGGUCAGCUGCAUAAAUUAAGGACUCUCAGCCUCCACAACAAUCGAAUUUCUAUGCUACCUCAAGAGAUAGUUUCUCUCAAUUUAAUUGAACUUAGUCUACGAAAUAAUCCUCUUGUUGUUCGUUUUGUGAAAGAUCUAGUUUGCGAUCCUCCUUCCUUAUUGGAGCUAGCAGGAAGGUCAAUAAAAGUUGAAAAAAUUAAAUAUGAUGUAGGUGAUAUGCCCCAAAACCUUCACCAAUACCUUGAAUCUGCUAAAAGAUGUGUUAACCCAAAAUGUAAAGGUGUUUACUUUUCAUCACGUUUUGAAAGUGUGAACUUUGUUGACUUUUGUGGCAAGUAUCGUUUGCCCUUGUUACAGUACUUGUGUACUCCAAGAUGUACCACAUCCCAGCCGUCAGUGCGAGGUAACAGUGACACAGAAACAGAUGAAGAGGACGUAGCUAAUGGAAUCAUGAAGAAAGUUCUUUUAGGAUAAUUAUUUACAAAUUGUUAAUAUUUUACCCCUUUGCAUUUGAUUUAAUCUCACUGCCAUUGGAUGUUCAAAAUAUUUAAGACAUCCUCCCUGCAUGUCACAAAAGCCAUUUCAUGAAAAUCAAAGUUUAUUGAACUGUAUUUUUCAAAUAAUCUAUCUUUGAUUAAAUAUCUUAUAACUUAAAAAGAAAAAGGGAAAAAAACAACAAAACCUUUUGACUAUAUAAUUUUAUCCUGUCUUAUUUUAUUCUGCAGGCUGGUCCUCUGUCAGAUUUGUCUUUAGUUCUGCAAUAAUACAUAGAAAAAAAAAGUUAGUUAAUACUAUAAAUAGUAAAUUUUCUUUCUAAAUUUACACAUAGCAACAACUAAGAAAAUUCAGGGGAAAAAUCACUAUUUCAUGUUUUGCCUUGUUAUGUUCUGUGAAUAGAAACCAAUUUUUAUCUCAGGUAAAGAAUUUUUUAAAAUACUAAACAUUUAAUGAUUUACCAUUGACUAAUUUGAAUUCAACUGUGAUUAAAAACCUGGUUGCUGGCAUGAGUGUUAUGUAGAAAUGCAUAUCACUUAAACAGCUACAUCAUUUAUAGCAUAUUACUUACUGCUGGUUGUAUGUGUGGUUCUCUUAUAUAUAUAUAUAUAUAUAAUAUAUAUAUAUAUAUAUAUAUAAAGACAGAUAGAUACUCUACAUAUGUAAAUAUGUUAUUCUAAAUUACAUCUAGCUAAAUUUAUUAAAAUAAAUAGGAAAGUCAGUUUGUAUUAAUGCUUCCCAACAUGUAAAUGUUUGCAAUUUUUGUGUAAUGUUGCUGCAACCAAGCUUCAUUUUCUUACUCAAGUCUAGUUACCUAUAGAGAUGAAGUUGUUGAGUCAGCAGUUGCAUGACCUGCUAGAAAAUAAUAACCAAAUUUUCUAAUCACACCCCACUAUUUUAAGUAUACUAUACUGAACAAUCUAGUCUCUCAUAUACAAAAAAAGUGUGGGAUGGUUGCAACUAAAAUGCCUUGGAUCAUAGGUUUGCUCAAUCAGGGCUGACUUAGGGUUAAACUACAACUUUAGGAGUUGUGAAAA